CUGACAACACUGUCCUCUCCCUCCCACCGUCUCCAUGCAAGACCCCUCCACUCUAUCACAUCCACAGAGCAAGCAAGAAUUGGAUUUUCAAGGUUGUCAUGUCUUCGUAUCUAAUUAAAUACUAUUAUUUAAUAAUGACAUGGGUCCCUUCUGCUUUUUUUUGGGUAAGCUGACUUCCACGCCAAGAUGCCGUGUGUAGACUAUGGACUGCAGACUUUCACUAGUUUCUUGAGGCCUUUUGAUCUAAAUAAUUAGUUUAUUAAGGUCUUUUUGGGACAUUGACUGAAGGGUCUCUUCUCAAAUUACUCGUUGUUUGGGAACUGAGGUUAAGCAAUCCCGUCAGGAAGAUUUGAAGGAUAACCUUGGAACUGGGAGAAUGAGAACGGUAAACAUCUUGAGAGAAAUUAUCAAAAGAAAGCAGACAGUAUUGAGCCAGUAGUUAUUGACUUGUUCGUGCCUUUUAAUUUCGUUGCUGCAUCUUAUCAAGGCUUUCUUUCUUUGCUCCUGAAUUCGUGACAACCAGAUUUAUCUACGCCCAUUCGUUGGGGGCAAUGAAGUGCUUUUCAUUCCACGGUGGAGACAAGACGGAUGAACCAAAAGCUCCAAAGUCAGUCUCUGUUCAAUCUGUGAAUUCUCCAGGUGCUGAUCGUGAUAUAGGAAGAUCUGGUUCUGAAUUGAAUUCUCACAAUGUCUCUGGUACCAGCACAGAGUCCAUGGUUAGGCCCUCACUUCCUAGUAUGUCUCAAAGGCCCAGCAAUCUCAGAGUGUUCACAGUUUCUGAGCUUAAGUCAGCUACCAAGAAUUUUAGCCGUUCUGUCAUGAUUGGAGAAGGUGGAUUCGGUUGCGUUUAUAGAGGAUCUAUUAAGAGCACCGAGGAUCCAACUACAAAGCUUGAAAUUGCUGUGAAACAGCUGGGUAAAAGAGGGAUGCAGGGGCACAAAGAAUGGAUCACCGAAGUAAAUGUUCUUGGAGUAGUCGAGCAUCCGAACCUUGUCAAAUUAGUUGGUUACUGUGCGGAUGAAGAUGAAAGAGGAAUGCAGCGGCUUCUAAUAUAUGAAUUUAUGUCCAAGGGAAGUGUUGAGGACCAUUUAUCCAUCCGAUCAGAUAAACCUCUUCCAUGGGCCAUGAGACUGAGGAUAGCCCAAGAUGCUGCUCGUGGCUUAAAGUAUCUACAUGAAGAAAUGGAUUUUCAGAUCAUCUUCAGGGAUUUCAAAUCAUCAAACAUUCUUUUAGAUGAGCAGUGGAACGCCAAGCUAUCAGAUUUUGGGUUGGCAAGGCUAGGACCUUCUGAAGGAUUGACUCAUGUUUCAACUGCGGUUGUAGGAACCAUGGGAUAUGCAGCUCCUGAAUACGUCCAAACAGGACGUCUCACAUCCAAAAGUGAUGUCUGGAGCUAUGGGGUCUUCCUUUAUGAACUCAUUACAGGAAGGCGCCCUUUGGAUCGAAACCGACCCAAGAGUGAGCAGAAGCUCUUGGAAUGGAUAAGACCAUACCUAUCAGACGCCAAGAAAUUCAAGCAAAUAGUGGAUCCCAGGCUUGAGCAGAAAGACAUCCUCAAGUCAGCCCACAAGCUUGCAAAUAUAGCCAACCGAUGCUUAGUUAGAAACCCAAAAUUACGUCCCAAGAUGAGUGAGGUGUUGGAAAGGAUGAAUCAGAUUGUAGAUGCAUCUACAGGGACCGAAAGUGCCCAGCAGUCCUCCAAGAAUUCAGCACCAAUAAAAACUUCACACGGCACCACAGCAAAAAAUAAAAGGAGAAAUGUAGAUCUCAAAACUGGAGAAAGCGGCUGGUUUGGUUGGAUGUGGAAUCCAAAGCAUGUUAGAACAUCCUAAUUGCAGUAAACUCGAGCAGAUUUAUUGUCCGGUAGGUUUUGUGGCUGGUGGAGUAUAAAUAGGAAAAACUGUUUGAAGCUGGAAGGCUUCCAUCAUUUAUUGGCUGAUCAACAAAGCUGGUUGAAAAACUUUUAUAUACACAAUAACUUGUAGAAAUCACUGAAGGGAAGGGAAGGUAUAAGAGCAACUCUAGAUUCCUGCUUCUGAAUAAGUGCAUCGCUGGUCCAGAAUUUAAUGAAUGUUAGUAGAUGCUGGUCUGCAUUGGAAAACUUUCCCGAGGUUGUAGCACUGCGACAUGUAAACACUCUUUGGUGGGUUUUACAUGCUUCAAUGGAUGUCUUAAGUAGAAUAUGUUUGCCUAAUUUUACCACUUUACAGGAGAGUUACUAAUGAGUAUCAUAUCAUUCCUUGUAACAUUUUUUAGAUUGGAAUGUUUGAAGAUCGAUUCCUCGAACUACAUAGUUGUUUGUGUAAAAUUGUCGUUACCUCGUUUGUUAUUGUCUUUGUCAUUUACUAAUUGAAAUUAGGCCCUAUUCUAGGCUUCAA